AACUCUCUGGGUAGUUCUAUCAGCUUAAUUCCAUAGCACUGCUAUUUGAGAAUUUCUAAAAUGGAAAUGAAGAGCAGGUGUAAUUUGCUAACUGCUACGACGCUCCUUGGUAAACUUUUGACCAUUUGUUUGUGUUGACCUUGUAGGGAGAUUUUGUUUGUUUUUUAAACCUUUAACUUUUUUGCAAAAUCCAAGGAUUUUUGUUUGACUGCGUCCGUAAUUUACAAACCUCCUUCUGAAGAAAACUAAUAGAGCACACGGAGACAAUUGUUUGGAAAGUUUGCUUGGUGUUGGGGCUGUGAGCUCUGCACAGGGUCGUUGAACAAAGAGGUGGUGUCGGAGAGAGAGAGCAGGGUGGCAGCUUAUUGGAUUAAGCGGCCGGCAACGUAAGAGGGGCGGGCGGGCCGCUUAUCUGAAGCAAGCCGCCUGUUGCUGGUGGCAAUGCACUAGGAUGAGAAGAAAGCAACAUCGGCGGGGAGACGUGUGGAUGAGACUCCCUGACUGCCCCCACCUUCACUAGCAGCGGCACCCACAAUGGGAGACGGACAUUCCUCUCUGGGUUGCCACAAUAAUAAAUCAACCGCAAUAAUAUUUGUCAACCCUGCGAACGGGGUAAGUCCAAGCCUGCCUCAUCAGCAAGACUUUUCUGAGCAGUGGGUGAUAGGCAUGGGCACAGUCAUGGCAAUCAUCGUCCUGAUCAUCGUGUUGGGCAACCUGCUAGUAGUUUAUGCCAUCGCAAAGAACCAGCGGCUCCAGACCCUAACCAAUGUUUUCAUUGUAUCUCUGGCCUGUGCAGAUCUGAUUAUGGGACUGUUGGUGGUCCCGCUCGGCGCGACCUUGGUGGUGCGAGGUAACUGGCUGUACGGCUCGGUUUUCUGCGAAAUGUGGACUUCAGUCGACGUGCUUUGUGUGACAGCCAGCAUCGAGACCCUGUGCGUGAUCGCUAUAGACCGUUACAUCGCCAUAACCUCUCCCUUCCGCUACCAGAAUUUGCUCACUAAGACCAGGGCGCGGGUGAUCGUGUGUGUGGUCUGGGCGAUCUCCGCGCUCAUCUCCUUGCUCCCCAUCAUGAUGCAUUGGUGGAGAGACGACGGGCCCGAUGCUAUCCGCUGUUACAACGACCCAUGUUGCUGCGACUUCGUGACCAACAAAGCCUACGCCGUUGCCUCGUCCAUUAUCUCCUUCUACUUGCCCCUGCUCAUCAUGAUCUUCGUGUAUGCCCGCGUCUUUCAAGAAGCCAAGAAGCAGAUGAAGAAGAUCGACAAGUGCGAGGGAAGGUUUUUACACCAGUCACUUCAUUCCAAACGGCAGGGCAAACCGCAGGAGACCAUCCCGGAUUAAGCCAUCAGGGACCACAAGGCUCUGAAGACUCUGGGGAUUAUUAUGGGGACUUUCACCCUUUGCUGGCUGCCUUUCUUUCUGGCAAACGUGGUGAAGGCGUUCCGUCCCGACAUGGUGCCUGAAAAGCUAUUUCUAUUUCUCAACUGGCUGGGCUAUGUCAACUCUGGGUUCAACCCUAUCAUUUACUGCAAGAGUCCCGACUUCAGGGCGGCCUUUAAGAAGUUGCUCUUCUGCCCCAGUGCAGCCGACAGCAGUCUGUACACGGGCUCUGGGGAAUUGUCCCGCUGCUCAGGAAUGUUCGGCAGUACUCUGGACCCCAGUAGCCUGGAGAUGUGGUCAGCGUGGAGCAGGGCGCGGGAGAGCAACGGGGGCGACGUGGACUCGCAGGACAACCUCCGCCAGGAAGACGAAGAGUCGCAGUUCUAGGACGCACCCGACCGACCCACAGAUUCGCAGCGAACGCAGUCUGCGAACACAAACCAGGUCCGAAACCCGGGAAGCCUUUAUGGUUGGAGAGCCGUCACCGCUCAGUCCAUCUGUACGCGACACAUCAUUGUAAAACGACCGCAGAAUCUUCACCACAGAUCUCUUCUUCAGCGUUCUCCCUCGGCAAUAUUAGAGGAGACAUUCAAAAGCACUUCAUGUCAACACUAAGAUUUGGACUUGGGUAAAGAAUCCAACAUUCUCAGCGGAGCAGGCAAUGGUGAUGGCCGGGAUCAUCUGAACGAUGAAGGAAGAGACUGGGCCAGUUUUGCUGUGAAAAUGGAUUUCCUUGGUUCAAUUACAUUCCACAGCGAAAGGAGAUUUCCGAUAAAGUCGAGACCCCCUCCCCGCACCCUGCCUUCCAAGUCGAUUGCCUUAACAUAGAUGGCCAUUGGACAGCAAAUACUGUACUCCUGUUGUGAUGUGGUCACUUUAAACAUUAUAGAAUAUGUGUAACAGAGCAACCACAAUCUUUAGUUUAAAAAACGACGACCACACUGGCCGGACUUUCUAAGGAGAUUUGAGAGAACUGCUCAGUAUAUCACAUUAUUCUCUGAACCCCUCUCCCUCCCCUCCACCCCACCCUCGCCUUUAUAUCGUGCUGUACGCGAGCUUUGGAAGUAUCGAUGUUCAAGAAUGGAUGCUGCCAAAUUCAUGGUAAGAUUGUGUGCUGAAUGACACUACCUCCGGCUGUACAGCUUAUGUACAGGUAUAUUUAUGUUACGUAUUGUUUAUAUUAAACAAGACGCAUUUUAUAUAUUUAAAAAUAGGUGAACCAACCUGCAACCUCAGUUAACAGUGCUCAAGAUGGAUGAAGAUAAGACUAUUACUUACAGUGCCCUCCAUAAUGUUUGGGACAAAGACCCAUCAUUUAUUUAUUUGCCUUUGUGCUCCACAAUUUGAGAUUUGUAAUAUAAAAAAAUCACAUGUGGUUAAAGUGCGCAUUGUCAGAUUUUAUUAAAGGGUGUUUUUAUGCAUUUUGGUUUCACCGUGUAGAAAUUACAGCUGUGUUUAUACAUAGUCCCCCCCCAUUUCAGGGCACCAUAAUGUUUGGGACACAUGGCUUUACCUGCGUUUGUAAUUGCUCAGGUGUGUUUAAUUGCCUCCUCAAUGCAGGUAUAAGAGAGGUCUUAGCACCUAGUCAUUCCUCCAGUCUUUCCCUCAGCUUUGGAAACUUGUAUUGCUGUUUAUCAAUAUGAGAACCAAAGUUGUGCCAAAGUUGAAGUCAAAGAAGCCAUUAUGAGACUGAGAAACAAGAAUAAACUGUUAAGAGACAUCUGCCAAACCUUAGGCUGACCAAAAUCAACUGUUUGGAGCAUCAUUCAGAAGAAAGAGAGCACUGGUGAGCUUACUAAUCGCAAAGGGACUGGCAGGCCAAGGAAGACCUGCACAGCUGAUGACAGAAGAAUUCUCUCUGUAAUAAAGAAAAUACCCCAAACACCUGUCUGGCAGAUCAGAAACACUCUUCAGGAGUCAGGUGUGGAUUUCUCAAUGACCACUGUCCGCAGAACACUUCAUGAACAAAAAUACAAAGGCUACACUGCAAGAUGCAAACUACUGGUUAGCCGCAAAAAUAGGAUGGCCGAGAUACAGUUUGCCAAGAAAUACUUAAAUGAGCAACCACAGUUCUGGAUAAAGGUUUUGUGGACAGAUGAGAUGAAGAUUAACUUAUAUCAGUGUGAUGGCAAGAGCAAAGUAUGGAGGAGAAAAGGAACUGCCCAAGAUCCAAAGCAUACCACCUCAUCUGUGAAACACGGUGGUGGACACAUCCGAUCUGCUCAAGUUCAAACAAAUGCCUCAAUACUCAUUGGCCUGCAAAUCAUUCUACAGCAAGACAAAGAUCCCAAACAUACUGCUAAAGCAACAAAGGAGUUUUUCAAAGCUAAAAAAUUGUCAAUUCUUGAGCGGCCAAGUCAUCACCGAAUCUGAACCCAAUUGAGCAUGGCUUUUAUAUGCUGAAGAGAAAACUUGAAGGGGACUAGCCCCCAAAACAAGCAUAAGCUAAAGAUGGUUGUAAUACCGGCCUGGCAGAGCAUCACCAGAGAAGACAUCCAGCAACUGGUGAUGUCCAUGAAACACAGACUUCAAUCAGUCAUUGCAUGCAAAGGAUAUGCAACAAAUUGAUAAACAUGACUACUUUCAUUUACAUGACAUUGCUGUGUCCUAAACAUUAUGGUGCCCUGAAAUGGAGGGACUAUGUAUAAACACUGCUGUAAUGUAUAAACAUGGCCUUUAUUAAAAUCUGACAAUGUGCACUUUAACCACAUGUGAUUUUUUUUUCUAUUACAAAUCUCAAACUGUGGAGUACAGAUGCAAAUAAAUAAAUUAUGGGUCUUUUUCCCCAAACCUUAUGGAGGGCACUGUAUUUAAUAUAAACUAAAGUCCACCGAGGACCAACCCAAUCUACAUGCAGUCCUUGAAAAUGUUUAAAGUUGGUCAUUCUUGAACGUGGACGUUAUCUCUCUGUAAGUUAUUGCUACCUUGCUAAAAGUAUCGCUAAAAUAUCCUGCCAGACGUUCGGAAACAAAGUAUUGGUUUCGGUGAGGAAACCGGAGAAAAGCGGUCUGGUGUUUCAUUUUGUACUGUAACAUUUCCCAAGUAAAAAAAAUGUAUCCUACUCCAUGAAGUUCACGUGUUGUCGUGUAUAAUAUACUUGUCACAACGUCUGCUUUCUCGCAAAUAUUUAUAUAUGUAGUUACCUUUGAACGUGUGGCUAUUUGGUAUAUGUGCAAUAAACGUAAUGAAACAUUUCACGUGGAUGUUUAUAUUACCUUUAAAUAAGUUGAGCUCCGAGCUCGCCGUGUUUCCAUUAUCGUUAAACAGUCAGUGCAUGAGUCGCUGGUAAGGCCCGUGAUGAAAUGUGCUUGUAAAAACGAUGUCAUAUGUAGUUUCCACGUGUGAGUAGGUUUCAAUUGCAAGACAUGUCCCGUUUGGUUAAAUGGCAAUGCUACCGUGCACCUUUUAAGGAUAAAAAUGCGUACUCGUAGAACACGCAGGCAAUAUUUAGGUAAUUUUAACUCGCUGGAAGUUUAAAAUAAAUUAUUCCUACCGCUUUCACAUAACCGUCUUGAUGCUAAGAUGACAUUGUCAAGAUGUAU